AUGCCUUUUGGGUUGAAGAAUGUUGGGGCCACAUAUCAACGAACCAUGAAUUCUAUUUUUCAUGAUAUGCUCGGUAAGUUUAUGGAGGUGUACAUUGAUGAUGUGGUGGUAAAAUCAACAACAAGGAAAGAGCAUCUAAUCCACCUCAAAGCAUUUUUUGAGAGGAUGAGGGCUCAUAAGCUAAAAAUAAAUCCAAUAAAGUGUGCCUUUGGAGUAUCGGCAGGAAACUUUUUGGGUUUCUUGGUUCAUCAAAGGGGUAUAAAGAUUGAUAGGAAUAAAGCUAAGGCGAUUAUUGAUGCUAAUGCACCGAGAAGCAAGAAACAAUUGCAGAGGUUACUUGGACAAGUGAAUUAUCUUAGGAGAUUUAUUGCUAAUACAGCUGGGAAGUUACAUGUGUUUUCCCCGCUACUUAAGUUAAAGUCGAUGGAAGAAUUCAGAUGGGAUGAUAUUCAUCAAAGGGCAUUUGACCAGAUCAAGCAAUACUUGUCGAGUCCUCCUGUCAUGAUGCUACCAAGGAAGAAAUGGCCGAUGAAAUUAUACUUAUCGGCAGCUGAAGAAUCCAUUAGAGCUAUGUUAGCACAAGAGAAUGAAGCAGGAAGCGAGCAAGCAAUAUAUUACCUCAGUCGAGUUUUAACUCCAAUCGAGUGUAGAUAUACACCGAUUAAGAAAUUAUGUUUGGCCUUGUAUUUUGCAGCAAUGAAAUUAAGAGUGUAUAUGUUGCCUGUUUUGGUUUAUAUUGUUUGCCAAACCGAUCUUAUAAAGUAUAUGCUAUCGAGGCCAUUAAUCACAGGCCGGAUUGGCAAGUGGGCUUUGGCGCUAAUGGAAUUCAACUUUGCAUAUGUUCCACAAAAGGCAAUUAAGGGAAGAGCAUUGGCAGAUUUUCUUGCUGAUUAUCCCUCGCCCGAAAUUGAGUCACAAGUAUUUGAUGAGCUUGACUCGGCAUCCAUAUUCAUGACUCCAUGGACUUUAAUGUUCGAUGGGUCAAGUACCAAUGAAGGCUCGGGUGCUGGUAUAAUGAUAAUAUCCCCAACAGGGAAUCAAAUCUUGUUUUCUUUCUUUUUGGAUUUCAGGUGUUCAAAUAAUCAAGCCGAAUAUGAAGCAUUAAUUAUCGGCUUGGAAAUUCUGUUGGAAAUGGCAGUCAAAGAUGUCCACAUUGUGGGAGAUUCGAGUUUAGUGAUUAAUCAAAUCUCAAAAGACUUUAGAUGUUUGAAUUGGCAAUUAAGACCAUUCUAUUCGUUGGCAACCCAAUUGGUUAACCAAUUUCACAAUGUGACUUUAGAAUAUAGACCAAGGGCCAUGAAUAAACUAGCUAAUGAUUUAGUACAGACAACUUCCGGAGUAAGGGUGCCGAGUGGAAUGAAGGAAAGAGUAAUGAAGAUUACACGCCGAUCUCUUCCAUUAGCUGAAACAAGAAAUCAAAUUAUGGAAGAAGUUUUUGCCACUGAUGUUGCCGAAUUGGAUGAUGAUGAUUGGCGAAUUCCUUACAUCUUGUUUUUGCAACAUCUAACUCCUGAAGCCGAUCGAAGAAUUAAAAGAAGUGCAAUCGAUUAUGUGCUUAUGGAUGGAGAUCUUUAUAGAAGAUCGGUUGAUGAUGGUUUAUUAUUUCAGUACAUAAGCAAGUUUGAAGAUUUGAAGAUUAUGGCUGAGGUACAUGAAGGGAUAUGUGGAGCCCACCAAGCUGGCAUAAAAAUGAGGUGGUUGAUACACCGAUAUGGAUAUUAUUGGCCAGGAAUAAGAAAAUAUUGUAUGACUUAUACAAAAGGUUGUAUAGACUGUCAAAAACAUGGUCCAAUGCAGUGGGUCCCAGCAAUAGAAAUGCAAUUAGUAGUUAAACCAUAG